CUGGAAAGUCGGACACUCGCUGAACGAUGAAGGACAGCGGGUCUUAAGAUCCUGCAUCGUAUGAAUCAGUCACUCGUCAGAUGAAGCACUUGUGAACUUGUCUCCGCACCAAAUCCCAAUAAUCGAAGACUCCGUAGAGCUCAAAUUCACCUAUCACAACUCCAAGAAAAUGUGUCACAUCACUCGAACGCAAGUGCCAGUUCCUCCAGGGUUCGUGAUCACUGCACAUAAGUCGCAAGGACAGACACUCGAGAAAAUAAUGAUGGAUCUUGGCUCCAAAUGGUGUCGAGGCGCCGAAAAGCCAUAUGUAAUGGUGUCUCGUAAUCUGUACGAUACUACGUGUCUAUAACACCAAUUGAUUCACAUUAUGACUCGAAAAAGCGAC